AUAUUAUUUACCCCGGAAGUGCGUUUUGUGAUCCUCCACCCAAAUUCGACUUCCCACCUUCCUUCCUAGCUGCCCAUGGAUCGCUCCUCCGCCGUCCUCCGACAGCGCAACACUGCGGAGGCGACUGACAUUACAGAUCCCACAGCAACUCCGCCCCCUAAAGUGCCGCGUCCCCCGAGGAAGCGCAAAGGGUUCGCAGUUUCCAAGACUAGGAAGCCGUCGAAGGCCCCGUCUUCGUUCUCAUCGAUUGCUUCAUCCACUGCAGACCAGCCGCCAGGAGGACAAAAAAGGAACCUUAAUGUUAUGCUCGAUGAGGAUUUCCAGGACCUUGCCCUUCCUUUGGGCACGUCCUUCGCCGCCGUUCUUUCCCAGGUUUUGUGUGGCAAAGUUGCCUCUAGGGAUUUGUUACCGGCAGAUAAACUCUCCAUGAUCUGUACUUCAGCUGUAAAGGAGUCCGUGUCUAAUAUUCAUGGCGAUAGGUUUGAUUCAUUUAUGAAUAACUUUGAGAAAUCAUUCGACAGCACAUUGAAGACAUUGCUGCUGCUCCACAAGGCUUCUAGUUCCAGUAAAAAAAAUAGAUUGAGAGAAAAGAGACGACUUAAUGUAGAAGGAGAUAAAUUGAUCAAAGAAUCAUAUAAUAAUGAUGAAGAAUUGGGAGAAGAUGAAGCACAGAGCUCAACAAACCAACUUGCUCUUCACAUAGAAUCAAAUCAUGAGCUGGUUCGAUCUUCUCAUAAUUUGAUUGCUCCUACUUUUAGUCAAUCAAUGCUGACCACCUUUACAAAAUCCGUUACGGAACAAACUCGAUGCAAUGAUUUAAAGGAAGUGGAGAUAGGUUUGACUAUGAGAAAGUUACAAAUGAAGCAGUCUCAGUUAGCCAUGAGUUCUUAUGCAAAUUGGUUAGAGAAGGUAAAAAUAUGUAUGAAUGUGUCUAAAGCCGCUUUCAAAGAAGAAAAACUAAGGAAUCAGAUCGAGGAUUUAAGGCAUGCAGAACUCGUAAGAAGGUGCAUAGAUCUGCUUGUCAGCGGCUUGAUUCUUAUGUGUGCUUUCCUGGUUUAUGGAGCUUCAAUCUUUUCAUACCAGCUGAUUACCGAAGCAACGUCGUCCUGCACUGCGAUGUCCAGAGGAUCCAAGUCCUGGUGGAUGCCUAAACAAAUUACAUCCGUCAGCUCAGGCUGGCAAAUGCUAAGAUGCCAUGCUAUGGUUAUAACCAGAAUGCUUUUUGGUUUGCUGAUGAUUCUGGUUAUCGCCUACUCGCUCCUCCAACGAUCUGCCGCGUCGACAAUGCCAAUCACUUCCAUUCUCUUGCUGUUAGGAUUCGCGUGCGGCAUUGCCGGGAAGCUCUGUGUGGACUCACUAGGAGGAAGUGGGUAUCGCUGGGUUAUUUAUUGGGAGCUUCUAUGCUCACUUCAUCUCUUCGCUAACAUCUUUCCGUCGAUCCUCUACCGUCUCCUAUACGGCCAUGUUUUAGCAGCACAGAGCGAAACGCCAGUUUGGUGGCUGUAUCGGAUUAGGCGAUACACAUUCUAUGUGACGCUGCUGUUGGUUCUUCCAACAAUGGCUGGUUUGUUACCCUUUGGAUCUAUGUUGGAGUGGAAAGAUCAUUUCAGUGAGAAGGUGAGGAUUUUGGUUAUGAAGGCUGAGCAGAAUGGAUGAGGGAAGAGUUUGCCGGUUUUUUAGCUAUGUUUUGACGUAUUCCGGCUGAUUUGUGGGUGUUUUGACCACCGGAACUCGGCCGACUCAUGAAGUCGAGGUGAUUAGACUGAUUCAGGAAAAGAAUUUUUUUUUUUUUUUUUAAAUCCAGCAAGCAAAUGUUCUUCAAAACAUUGGAGUGUAAUUUGGGCUAUUGUUGCAGUGGAAGCUUCAAUGUUAGUGUGAAAUAUUUAUUUGUUUUAAUCAUAGUGUAGCUCGCUUGUAAACAUUUUGUGUAACUUUAAGGCUUGCUCAAGUUUAUUGAGGCUGAUUUUAUUAGUCAUUUCUAUGC